CCAGGUGCCCCCUCCAGCUCCUCCCUCCUCCGUAGGGCACGCUGCUGGCUGUUCUGAGCUCCGGGACCCCUUCGGACCCCUCCCUACGCGACGCUCGCGCCUUCCUCUCUGGGGCUGGGCCCCUAAGCCUCCUUAGUCCUUCUGGAAGACGACCAGAGGCAGCCUCCGGGAAGAGCCAAGCAUCCGCAGCCGCCACUAGGCCCCGCCCAGGAGCAGCGGAGCAGGGCCGCGCCCGGGACCGCGGCAGAGCCGGGUAGACAAGACCCUAGCCCACAGACUCCGUUAAACCGAGAGGUCUGGCCUGCAAUACUCUGCGAUCUGGGGCUUCUGAUCGGCCUUUUCCAGGCGCGCCACCGUCUCCGCCCUCGCAGCGGGAUCUUUCUCCUUCCCGGGUUCAGUGGAGACCGCAGCCAUGCCGGUAUCAGUAACCCGCACGACCAUCACGACUACUACGACGUCGUCCUCCACCAUCGUGGGGUCCCCUCGGGCGCUGACCCAGCCCCUGGGCCUCCUCCGCCUCCUGCAGCUGAUAUCCACCUGCAUAGCUUUCUCGAUGGUGGCCAGCGUGGCUGCUUGGACUGGGCCCAUGGGUAACUGGGCCAUGUUCACCUGGUGUUUCUGCUUCGCGGUGACCUUUAUCAUCCUGAUUGUGGAGUUAGCUGGACUCCAGGCCCGCUUCCCCCUGUCGUGGCGAAACUUCCCCAUCACCUACGCCUGCUACGCGGCUCUCUUCUGCCUCUCGUCUUCCAUAAUCUACCCUACCACCUUCGUGCAGUUCUUGUCUCACGGGCGUACCCGGGACUACGCCAUCGUCGCCACCACCUUCUCCUGUGUCGCCUGCUUGGCCUACGCUACCGAAGUGGCCUGGACCCGUGCGAGGCCCGGCGAGAUCACCGGCUACAUGGCUACCGUGCCGGGGCUACUCAAAGUGUUCGAGACCUUCGUAGCCUGUAUCAUCUUCGCCUUCAUCAGCGAGCCGGCCCUGUACCAGAAUAAGCCGGCCCUGGAGUGGUGUGUGGCGGUCUACGCCAUCUGCUUCAUACUGGCUGCGGUGACCAUCUUGCUCAACCUGGGAGACUGCACCAACAUGCUGCCCAUCCCUUUCCCCACCUUCCUGUCGGGCCUGGCCCUGCUCUCUGUCCUCCUGUAUGCCACUGCCAUUGUCCUCUGGCCCCUCUACCAGUUCGAUCAGAGGUACCACGGCCAACCCCGGCGUGCUUCGGAUUCGAGCUGCGGUUACUCGCACCCCCACGCGGUGUGCUUCUGGGACCGCCGCCUGGCGGUGGCCAUCCUGACGGGUAUCAACCUGCUGGCAUACGUGUCUGACCUGGUGUACUCCACCCGCCUGGUGUUUGUCAAGGUCUGAGGAUGACCAGGGGCUCCCCUCCUCCCUGCGCCCCGUCCCAUCUUGCAGCCUCUCCAUCGUUACUGCCCACAUUUUUGGUACCGUCCUGUUUCCCUCCUCUUCCUCCUCCUCCUCCUCCUCCUCUUCCUCCUCCUUCUCCUCACCUCCCUCCCGUUUCCUCUUCCUCCACAUAUAUUCUUCCUGACACAUUGUUCUCUCUCCUUGUUUCUUUUUCUUCCCCUUCUUCUUCUCCUUCCUCUUCCUGUUCGCCUGCCUGGCGAAUAUCCUGUUUUGUCUUGUCGUCGCCCCCUCCCCCCAGCUGUCUCCAACUUCCUAUUUUCCUAUCUCUUCCAGUUGGUUUUGUCACCAUGCCUGUUUGCCUGGGAGCCCUCGGAAUUCUUGCUUUCUCUCCCUCACCCCUCAAAGGUGCUGGCCCCACACAUAUCCCACAAUCCUUUGCAAUUCUUCACCCCAUGGGCCUCUUUUAGGGGCCUCUUGCCAAAGCAUGUCUGCCUGCCUGCCUGCCUGCCUGUCUUAGCUGUGCCUUAGAGUGUGUGUGCGUGUGCGUUAUAGGGGUUGGGGAGCAAGACUGUAUAUUGCACCUCUCCUUCAAGGUCAAAACCAAACAAAGACAAAAACAAACAAACAAAAAAACCCCUGCAGGUCAACAAUUCCCGCUAGCCAACAGACAGCUUCUUCUGUCUCUACCUGUCCCUCAGCUUUGCCUAAAAUUCGCUCCAGAAUAUAUUUUUUUUAACCAGGCUUCCUGAAAACCCGCUGCUCUCCCGGAUGAAGGGAAGGAUGGAUGAUGCCUUUUGCCGAAUUCUCUGUGUUAUCCAAAAGACAGACAGACAAAAUGCAAAACAAAAACCCACCAAAAAUACCCACAUGGUCUUCAAGACAACUCUGGAAGUAUUUCUGAGGGACAGUAAUGGUGGCUCUCCCAUCAGUGUUAAAAAUAACAUGGCCCGCUUUAGCGUGGACAGGAAGAAAAAUGGCCUCUGCCGGCCUUAAAGGCGUUAUUACCCUCCUUUAUUUUUUUCCUGGACACGAAGGCAAAAACCAAAAUGACUAAGAAGGUUUUGUUUGUUUUUAUUUUUUUAAGCUUUUGAGAGUGCCUCAUAUAGCCCAAGCUAACUUAACUAUAUAGCUGAUGCUGCCCUUGAACCCUUGGUCUUCCGAUCUCCAACUCCCAGGCGCUGAGAUUCUACAGGUGUGCUAGCUACCACACCCCCGUUGUGGUGUAGCCUCAUUCAAGACGGAAGUUUCUUAACUGUCUUUUCUUUGGCGGAGGGGCGCCGUCCAGGUUUGAGUGGCUCCUGUGUGCUGCACAUGCGCACCCGGGUCUGUGUGUUAGUUGCUUCUUGCUGCUGCUGCUUGCUUCUCUGGAACUCACAUGCAUUACUUGGUAUAUAUAUAUAUAUAUUAUAAAUAUAUAAAUAUGUAUUUUAUUUUUGUUAAUUUUCUUGAGCUUUAGGUUCCUCUAACUCCUACCGUCCGUCAUCCCUUCCCACCCCCCACAUCCGUGAUGUUCUUUUUUAAGACUCUCAAUAUAAAGAUAACAGGAA